GGCUGACCCCGCCCCAGCUGUGCCCGCAGGAGUCACCUGACUGCAGGACGCAUUGUGAGCCUGACCACUACCUGGAUAGGAAUGGCCGCUGCACGGCCUGUGUGAGCUGUUCUGGAGAUGACCUGGUGGAGAAGACACCCUGCACCUGGAACUCCUCUCGUGUCUGCGAAUGUCGACCUGGCAUGUUCUGUGUCACAUCAGCCACCAACUCCUGUGCCCGCUGUGUCACCCGCCGCAUCUGCCCACCAGGCAUGGCCACCAAACCCCACGGUACAGCCGAGAGGGAUGCCACCCAUGAGCCACCUCCCCCAGAAGCCCACCCUGAGUGCAGCACCAACCCAGAGGGCAGCAAGGUGCCCACCAGCAGCACGGCCUCUCUGGUCUCCCCAGCCGACCCCCAGAGCAGUAAGGAGAAUGGAGGAGGCAUCACGCACGCCUGGGGAGACACCUUCACAUCAACGAGCAUUCCCAUCUCUUUCUCCUCCACAGGAAAGCCCAUUCUGGUUUCAGGGCCUGUGCUCUUCUGGAUCGUCCUGGUCCUGGUGGUGGUCUUGGUCUCCGUCUCCUUCCUCCUGUGCCACUGGAGGGCCUGCAGGAAGUGGAUCCGGCAGAAGCUCCACCUGUGCUACCCUGCCCGGACCUUCCGGCCCGCGCUGGAGCCUGUGGAUUCUAGGCCCAGGAGGAACCUGAUCCAGCUGAAGGAGAGCAUAUCGGUGGUGGAGCCGGGCACAGAAGAGCUGGGGUUAAUGAGCCCCCUGGCCGUGGAGACCUGCCCCAACGGGGCGGCUCACCUGGAGAGCGUGCGCCUGCUGGACGCCAGCCCGGCCGGGAGCCCUGAGCCCCCCAGGGACCUUCCUGAGCCCCGAGUGACCUCAGAGCACACCAACAACAGGAUCGAGAAAAUCUACAUCAUGAAGGCGGAUACAGUGAUUGUGGGGACCGUGAGGACCGAGGUGCCCGAGGGCCGGGGCCUGGCAGGGCCCACGGGGCCUGAGUUGGAGGAGGAUCUAGAAGGGGACUGUGCCCCCCACUUCCCGGAGCAGGAGACAGAACCACCUCUGGGCAGCUGUGGGGAUGUCAUGUUCUCAGUAGAAGAGGAAGGAAAGGAGGCCACCUUGCCCAUGACCGUCUCUGAGAAAUGAGGCCUGGUCUGGGUUGGGGCUGAGAGGGCACCUGGGUGGUCCCUGCGGGGCCAGGGUGGCACUAGCAGCACCAGGAUGGUGGCAGAGGCCCGUGUGGCCUGAACUGAGGUUCCGGCAUCCAGUGGAAGACCAGCCUGGGCAGGAGGGUUCUGGUGGUUUCUAGUUGCACCCCACCCAGCUGCCUCCCAGCCCAGACCGCAGGGGGGCCCGGGCUCGUGCCUUGGGGACAACCCAGCGGCUGGGUCUGAACGGCAGCAGGCAGACAGCAGGGACGGGGUGCCCCGUCUGCCAUCACCGCCAGGAAGAUGCCCUUGGAGCCCUGAGCAUCAGACACACACCGCCAGGGCUGGAGCUCGCUGGCAGCACAGGACACAAGGCACAGACCGCUCUGCUGGCUACCCUCACCCCGGGCCUCAGGAGCGAUGCCCGCCCGACCUUGCCGCUGUGCCGGCAGCCCCCGGAUACCGCAGCGUGGCCCCUGUGGGCACUGAGCCAGCGCCGGUGGUGGUUUCUCCUGAGUCAGCGGGGAAGCCAAAGGAUGAGGCAUCGGCGGCCGGCCCCGUCUUGUCAGCGGCCAGCGUGCUGAGCUCUGUGCCAAGGUGCACGUGCCUGGCCUGGCCUCCCGCCCCGCUAGGGCUGAGUGACACCCCACAGAUGCCGCCAGCCCUUCCCUAUGCUGCAGCCCCCACCGUGGGCUGAGGGCCUGGGGUCAGCUGUCUCAGGACAUCCCUACAGUCUUCCCAGCGGGGGCAUCUUGGGACCCCGAUGUCUGCAGACGCUCCAGCUGCAGGGCUCCGCUCUGCCGGAGGCCCUGCCCACCCCGCUGCCGCCUGGAGAAGGGCCUGCUGAAGGGGAGCCGGGCCCUUCCUGGAUCUUUGCCUGCUUGUGGGCGCCCCGCUGUGUCCCGGGAAAUGACGAUGUGUCCUCCCCAGAUCUGCCAUGCUUACACAUCCCGGGCCCCUGCCCCGUCCUCGGGCUCCCGCCGCUCAGCACCCACGGCAGGGAUGUGGAUGUCAAAAAGCAAUGCAGCUUUGCCCUAGUAUUCAGGUGCCUUCUUCUGGAUUCCCCAAAAAACAAGUAGUUCAGUCUGGAUUUCAGCGUCUUUGCAUUUCACUGGAAGGAGUAAAGCUGCCCCACUUGGUUCUGCUGACCUGCUCUCCCCGGGGCUUUCAGACUCCUGUACAAACAAAGGGCCUUGGAGAGGGGCCUGUGGGCAGAGGACAGGUCCGCCGCAGGCCAGGGCAUUGCGUCUCAGCCGCCUGGAGGCUCCUGGAAUUACCCACUGGAGGCCAGGCUGGGAAAGCUGCUGUUUACCCGCCAGCCUGCACCUUCUCUGGAGGAAGUCGAGGCUGGGUCAGGAGUCACAAGGGUAGUUUCUGAAACCGCUCAGAUGUCUUGGGGAAAGUUGGAGAGGCUAGGACGCCAACAUCAGAACCUGGAGGAGUUUACGUGAGGUUUUAGAGACAGCGUGGGCGUGCAGCGCCUGUUCUGAGAGGCCCCGAGGACGCCCCCUCCCGCCGCCCGCAGCCAGCAGGGUUCUGGCAUUCUUCGCUUGAAGAUACUGACCCACGUCUAAUGAAAUGGAGCACUCCCUUGCCUCACAAAACUUUCGAUCCUCCAAAACUUUUGAUCCUCGGAAAGUUAGUAAGGUCCCUUAAAAAAAACUAAUCGUAAGGCUCAGGAAAUUAUCUUUGGGAUUAAGAGUAUUUGAGAACCUCUGAGCGGGAAGGUUCUGGCGAGCCUCUCUCCCCGCAGGGCAGGCGGGUCCCUCUUCACCCAUCUACCCGGGCGGCCAGCCUCUGAUGGCGGGGAGCCCGCUAUCUGCUGAGGCAGCCCUUUCUCCGCGUAACUCCUACUCCCUGGUCCCGGACCUGCCCCCCAAGGGUAUGCAAAAUAAAGUCUCUCGUCAUAAGUC